UAGCAAAGCAUGUGCAUGCAUGUGUAGUUAUUUAAAACAAAAAUAGAACAGGUUCCUGCUCUUGGCAAGGCCCAAUUGCAUACUUCAUUAUGCCAGUACUUGUGAAAUCAGGACGUUCCCCCUUUCCGCUACAACCUUCCUUCCCCCAAAGUAGUGCCAAUAACCUGCAGGGGCCCUUUAACACUAGAUAAUUAAAACACUAGGAUUCCGCUUUAAUUGCCAUAGUUGCAUUUCUAGAGGUUGUUACUUGGUAAACUGGAGCUAAAUGCCCCCCCCCCAAAAAAAAAACAACAACCCUGCAACUGAGUUCCAAAAUGAUGUAGUGGUUUAAGCACAAGUCUAUGACUCUGGAGAUGCAGGAUUUGAAUCCUUCCCUCUGGUUACAAAAGUUCUGGUGGGUAGACUAGCAAUUAAUAAAUACUUCAGCAAUAACAACAAUAGUGAUGCUGAUGCAACACUGUUUGGAAACUGCCCAGUUUUCUGGGGUUGUUAACUCAUUGAUUCAUGAUUUUCUGAUAGAAUAUGAUUAAUUGAUGGUCAGAAACUCCAAGUGGCAAUGCCUAGUAGACUUCGAAAGCAAUAAUGAUAAUAAUGAUGACAGUGAUAAUGGUAAUAAUCAUGAUAAUGUGACACUAUUUGGAAUGAGCCACAUAUCUAGAAUUAAUCCAGUGAUUAUCAAAUUCUUGGACAGAAUGUGAUCCUAUGGCCCAGAACUCCAGUUGGUAAUACCUGAUAUACUAUGCAUCCGAUGAUGGUGGUGGUUUUUAUAUAUUGUAUCAGAAGUGAAACUGAGGGUACAGUUGUAAUGUAUUUAGAAACACAAACAAAGUUAAAAACUUGGCAUUAUACUAAAUGUCCUUUGAACAAAAUCUGGUCACUUGGAGUGCCUCUGGUGUCACUGCGAGAAGGUCCUCCAGAUGGUGGUGGUGGUGGUGAUGAUGACAUAAAUUCUGUUGGAAACUUGUAUCUUUAUAAGAGAAUGUAUCUACAGGAAUUAGAUUUGGACAGCUCUGUGACUUCUGCUAUGUCAUUACUACAUAGGGAAGCCAGUGAAGUGACCAAUGCACAAUGGGACAUGGGCUAGGAAUUGCUGAUGAGCAUUGGUAGAACCUAAUAAACAUCAGGACACUUUUGCUGGUAUUCUGUUAUUGUUACUAUUGUGUGCCCCCAAGUCAUUUCCAACUUAUGGCGGCCCUAAGAAAAACCUAACAUGUGGGCUUCUGAGGCUAGGAGCAUUUGACUCACAUGGUCAUCCAGGGUUUCUAUGCUGAAUGGGAAAUUGAAUCCUGGUCUUGAGUCUUAGUCUUAGUCCAACACUCAGACAUGCCUGCUACAUGCCUAAGUAUGAAGCUUGGGCUGGAUGGGCCUCGUAGUCUCUCCCAACUCGAUAAUACUAAGUACAGUAGAGUCACUUAUCCAACACUCACUUAUCCAACGUUCUGGAUUAUCCAACACAUUUUUGUAGUCAAUGUUUUCAAUGCAUUGUGAUAUUUUGGUACUAAAUUCGUAAAUACAGUAAUUACUAUAUAGCAUUAAUGUCUAAUGAACUACUUUUUCUGUCAAAUUUGUUGUAUAACAUGAUGUUUUGGUGCUUAAUUUGUAAAAUCAUAACCCAUUUUGAUGUUUAAUAGGCUUUUUCUUAAUCUCUCCUUAUUAUCCAAUAUAUUCGCUUAUCCAACAUUCUGCCAGCCCGUUUAUGUUGGAUAAGUGAAACUCUACUGUAUAAGUAAAGUUACGUAACAUUUACUAUGAUGGAGAGUUCUGCUCAAUAACAAGCAUUGCUUGUUCAUUUUUCCUGAACAAUCAAAUGUUAAUACUCUUUCUAAUACUGCUACUCUCUGGGAUGCUCAAGGUUUGCUCUACUGCAUCCCUGAUUUUGUGAAAUAUUGAGCUGACAACAGGCCUCCCAGCCUGCUGGGUUGAGGUUGAGCCACAGCAGGCCUUGCAAUCCCAAGCGUGAAAGAUUCUGAAUAACAGAGGCACUUCCACAUUCACUUGCAUUUUGGUCCACUGGCUAAUUAGACUUGCUUUAAAAAAAUCUAUAUCUCAUAACAUUACUGCAGCAAUGUUUCCACCCAUUUCGUCUCGGGCUGCCUUUGUCUGUCGGAAAUGAAUAGACCUCUCAUAUUUAAUUUUUUUUCUCUCUCUAUGUGAGUGUUUAAAUAGCUUUGAAUUUAUCAUGGAAACCGGCAGGAACAAGUUUGGGGACAGGCUAUAGUUUGGAUUGUGAGGUUUUGGAAGUUUUUUCUCCCCAGUUGUCAUUUGGCCCCAAAGAAAGUGUAGAAUAAAUGAUAGGGAGCUGUGAGAUACUUCCUUUUUUUAUUAUAAAAAAGUGGAAAUUUAUCUUAGAAUACACACACACACACACACACACUUGAUCAUUAAGGUUGUAUUCAAUAUCAGGAAGAUCUGCAGAAAAAGUUUCAUUGGGGUCAAAGUCAUUUGAUACUAUAUUUAUUUGAAUCUAAUGCUCACCUUUUUUUUUUUGGCUAAAUUACCUUCCCAAUUAAGGUGCUCAAUAGAUUCGCAUAAUACAGUAACUAAGCUUAGUGCUGAGACAAAAGAAAAGGAGAAGCUACAUCAGAGCACCUGGAGCUCCUUUCUGAGGGAUGUCAUCUCUAAUUUAAUUGUCAUGGCUCAAUGCUAUGCAAUGCUGGGAUUCGUAAUUUGGUGGGACAUCAGCAUUUUUUGACAGCCUCUGUGAUCCCAAACUACAGCCUCCAUGACCAUGAUUGAGCCAGGUCAGUUAAAGUGGAUUCAUUCUACAGCAUUCUACAACAUAGAUUUAUCUAAAGGGUUUCUUUUCCAUUGCUGAAAGCUUUGGUGUUAUAAUACUUUUGCUUUUGAACAAGGAAUUAUAAGCAUGUAGCCACUGUAAUGCGCACCUUUUCUGGCCAAAUUACAAAAGGUGUACUUUUUGCUGCUGCGCAUUACAUUUGCCAGCAAAUUCUUGUUUUGUUUUGUUUCAGGGUUUUGAAAAUUAAGGUGCAUGUCAGACUCAAGUAAAUACAGACCAGUUGGAAGAAACCAUCAUUCAUCACUAUACUGCAGCCCGCAUCAUUCCAUUUAAUCCAGAACUGAUCAACACCAGAUGAAACUGACUGGAGAUUGUUAAACAAUUCAAUUCCAUGGGGACUGUACCAGAUCCCCUAAGAUCUGCCAAGCUUUCAUUGGUCACUUUGUCUGAAGAGAAGAAUGGCCUAGGAGAGUUAUCCCCUAAAUACCAACAGAAGGAAGCAACCAUAGAGAGAAACAGCAAUGGAUAUCCUUUUGGUGCCAAGGUACAGCCCACUGAAGAACAGCUGUUUGGAGUGAACUGUGUGGCAGAAGCCAAUGUUCAAAAGACUGAGCAGUCUUGUGGAUAUGACACUAGCAGCCCAACCAUGCUUUCUCCAGGGUCCUUCAACCGAUCCAAAGAAGGCUGCCUGGAGACAGUGAACAACUCUAAGCAGGAAGCCAGCAGUGAUUGCAAAGGUCAGGUCUUGGUAGAAAGCCAUAGUUUGGGACAAGCUGCACUCAAGGCACCUGCGAUCCAAGAGACUAACCAAGUUGGUGGAGAGCUCCUCUUUAGUGCAGUCGAUGAUAAAGCAAGUUCUCCAUCUAAAGAAGGUGAUUGUGUCAUGAAGAACAAAACCCAUGAAACUUCUUCUCUCCUUCCUAGUCAUCCAGAUACUUCACCAACCACUCCAGCCGUAAAGCAAAUUGUGGAAGAAAAGUUUGCUCCUGAGAAAAAUGGAUCACCAACUUCAGCAAAGGAGUUGGAACCUGUUUCUGGUCUUGAGCUGAAGUCCCCUGUUUGUAUGGAUGCCAAACCAAAGGGUGUAAAGGAUGAAAGUUCCCAUCCUAGUGCCAGGACUGUGCCAGAAUCUCUAUCCAAAUCCAAAUCUGAGAAUAAAUCACAACCAUCACUCAAGGGUGAAACAAUAGAGGAGGCUGUACCAGAGCCCUCUAAGUUCAGAGACACAGGCACAAUGACAGUGCCAGCAACUAGAGAGAACAUAAGCAGGACCUGUCAAGAUGCUGAAGUUCAGGCUGUAGCUAGCAUGGAAAGCAAAUCAGCUUCUACCAGUCCAAGUAUCUUUGCUGCCUUCCUAAAAGAAAGCAUGCCUUCUGAGGCAAAGCAGAAACAAGAUCAGUUGCACAUCAUUUACACAGCAGCUGGUGGGAAGGAACAAUCUGAAAUUGUUGACAACUUUACCCAAAAAGCUCCAUCCACCGGCAUCAUGCCUGAAGUGCAUAUUCAGGCACCAGCUGCAACAAAGAAGAAGUUGGUAGCUCAAGUUGUCAAAACUCAAGAUGACCCAUCAGGCAUGAUGAAUGCAGUCUGCUCAGCUUCACUGGACAAAGCAGAGCAUCCAUGCCCACUGGCAUCUGGUUGUACUCAAGAAAUAUCGGUUAAGGAGAUGGAAGUACAAACACCAGGUGUGGCUAGAUAUUACAGUGGCCUUCCUCAGCAAAUGGCGGACAGUUCGGUUUUGCAGAAAACAAGGCCUGUUUAUCAAAUUUCCAUCCACACCAGUAACCAGCCUCUGGCUCCCUCACAACCUGUGAACAUUGAAACCACACUACCUCCAUGUUCUGGUCUACCAGAAGUCAAAAGCAAACAUCAUCACAUUGGAAUCUCUGUGACAGAAAAUCAGCCUACAUCUCCAUCUUGUGGCAGACAGCCUGAAGAAGAUAAAGUUCUACCUACCACUGCUGGUCCUCAUAGUACCAGAACAGGGGAGCAGCUGCAAAUCAAGACUAUUAGUGAUGUUGACAUUAAACCGAAGAAGGAAGACAGCUUUGUCCAUCCUGAUUCUAAAGAACAGAAGACAAGUAAGAGAGCAGCUGUAGCAGUGGCUGUUGUUGGGCUCCAGGCAACAUGUCCUCCAAUUGCAGCCCAGAAAGAACGAGGCAAUUUUUCAGCCACUCAGAAAGAGACAGGUGCUAUUGGGUUGGAGUCUGAGUGGAGCAGCAAUUCUGCCCCAGAUCAAGAGACCAAAACCAGUGAAAGGAGGAAAGAUCCAAAGCUUUCCCGAACAGAAGCUCCUGCUUCCAUCCAGCCUGCGGCAAGCCAUGGCGGAAAGAAGAAAGAAGCCAAGUCUGAGGCUAAAGUGCAUCUGAAGCAAUCCAAGCACGUCAGAGAUGUGGUGUGGGAUGAACAGGGCAUGACAUGGGAGGUUUAUGGAGCCUCCCUUGAUCCGGAAUCCCUGGGGAUCGCUAUCCAGAACCAUCUGCAGCGGCAGAUCAGGGAACAUGAGAAACUGUUAAAGGCCCAAAACACCCAGACCCGUAAAUCAAUUUCUUCAGAUACAUCUUCAAAUAAGAAACUGAAAGGGAGGCAACACAAUGUUUUCCAAUCCAUGAUGCAGAAUAUCCGGCGCCCAAAUUGCUGUGUUCGCCCUGCUGCUUCUGCUGUGUCAGAUUAAAACAGUUAGGGAUAUGGGUGGGAAAAUCAAUAUACAUUCAUUUCUAGCCAUUUGCAUAAGAGUACACAGAAAUCCAUAGAAAAUAGGUCCUGAAGUUCAGCUUUGUUCCUUAAAUUUCUGAUACAGGCAGGAGGGAGGAAUAGAGACUGCAUAUUUUAUUCCCAGAGGUCAUCCCAUUUUAACUAUUUGGGAUUCUUUUUUUUACAAAUGGCACAUUUAGAUUUUGUUUUUAACUAGACAUGCUUGACCCCAAUCAGCUGCCAGAAGACAAUAUAGGCAUUUAAUGAAGCACAAUUAAAAAUGGCCAGUUACUAUAACCAGCUUGUAGCAGCUUGAAAGGCAAAAGAAAGGGAGGGUGUCAGAUGCUUUUAAAAAUGAUUGAUGUGUGUCUAGAUCUUACACAGUUUUUUUAAAAUAUUGGUAAUGAAAACUUCAACAUCUUUGCAGUAAUGUAAUAAAUAUUCCCAAACAGAGAAGAAUGUGAAUAUGUACCUAUUUUGGAUGGAUUUUGAAAGUGAGUGGCCUUUCUUAAAUUUAUAAACUCAAGAAAGAAAUCUUUCAAGACUUGCAUUCUCGCUCUCUAUUUAUUCCAGUAGAAUAAAAUUCCAAGUACCAGGUCUACCCAGAGGAGGAAUUUCAGGGACAAUCUACCAUCUUGAUUCACACAUUGUGGGGCAGUGAGCCUUUUGUGCCAAUAAUCCAUGUAGAAUACAGUUGUUUUGUGCCAAAUGACCAUUGUAGCCAUCUGGUAGCCCUAUCACAAAAAGGUGCUUCGGACUGGAGUAUUAGGGGGACUUCAAAUAUGACAAAUCGCAACAAAUUUCAACAGGUGCCAGAUUUUUUUUCAACAUUUAUGGGACUCCAGUGUGAGAUUUCGACUGUUAUUUAUCGAUGUGAUUUGUUCUUCUGUGGUUGGUGUUUUGUAAUACUUUCUUUCUGAGAUUUUACUUCUGCGCCAUUUUAUCAUGGAGGAGUAAGGAUUUUCCACGACACAUGGAGAUGUAGGGGAUAUUCAGUACACUUUCUAACCCUUUUAGAGCAUCUGUUCAUGUCGCACACAUGGUAUACUGGGAAGCAACAGAACCUUGUCUGAAGCAAAAGUUUUAUGUGUUUUUUUUUCCUAUGGGAUGCCUGUCUUGGCAGAGAGGAAAUUGCAUUGACAGAAAUGUGUUAAAAUUGCUGUAUUGUGAUUCAUAAAGCCAUUGAUUGUUUGCCAUCCACAUCAUUUGUUUUAUGCAUUUUGUGGAGAUAAAAGUUAACUACACAUCCCAGAGCAGGUGUGGAGAACCUGUGGACCACAACUCUCAUCAUUGCUAAUGUCAGGUUGGUAGAAAUUGGAGGCCAACUACUCUUAGGGGGUCACUGGCCCUAAUGUGGUCUUAUUUAGGUGUAUCCAAACAGAGUUGCCGCAGGGAUGCUAAGAGGCAUUCACCAAAUAGGUAUGUGAUGCUGUUUCUCUUUGGUGUGUUUUUUACUCAAAAGUGCCAAUCCAUAACCAUCGAAUCAUUGCCAUGCUAGAAGCUAUGCCUUUCCCUUUGCGAAGAUUGUCAGUGUUAGAGAAUAAUUGGAUGACGUAUUUUUCUCACACGUUGUGCUUCAGAUCAGGUUUGGGAACAUUAUUUUCUCUGUGUGUUGUUGGACUGCAGUUCCCAUUGGCAUAGGUAGUGGGUAAAGGAUAAUGGAAAGUUACAACCCAUCAAGCCAUAUGUUGCCUUCUUGCUUUUCUUUCUUGUAGUUAUUUAUUUUUAUACUGGGCUCCAAUUGGACAACCUUUAAGGUAGGCCUAGCCUAACCUAAAGUGCCAGACCCCACCUGAUCUUAGACGUUAAACAGUGAGAGCAUUGGUUAAUAAUUGGUUGGAGGACUACUAAGGAAUAUUGAGUACAGUGGGCUAUAUUUCAGAGGAAGAAAGUGGCAAAACAAUUUAUGAGGAUUCCUUGCCUAAGAAAAUCCUAUGAAAUUCAUGGGGUUACCAUAAAUAACAGGCAACUUUGAAACACUUACACAUCCUCUUGUGUAGUGAGUGAGUCACAUAGCCAGCUUCUCUGUGUCUGUAUUAUAUGACUUCAAAUCACCUUUUAACCUACAGCCUCCCCAUCAAUUUCACAGGGUUCUAAUAGGAGUACUCAGAAGUCAUUUGUCAUUGCCUUCCUUUGAAAUAUUACCUCCUACAGUAUAUGAUAUUCCUUGGUGGUCCUUCAUCCAAGGAAUAAACAGCCCUGACCCUGCCUAGCUUUCAAGGUCACAAUAGAAUCAAGCCAUGCAACCCCUCUUUUUUACCUCCCCAGAAUCCUCCAACCGGGUGGAAGAGUAUACUAUUUUAAAAAAAGAAAACUAAAUUAUCCCAAAGCCUGGGAGAAUCUUGGAUUUGUCAUCCAGCAUCCUUCCUGACAUUAUCUUAGUGGAGGGAGAGGGGAUCACUUGCAUUCUUUCCCUUGCCAAUCCUUGCUUAUCUCUCCAAAUUUAAUUCCACCCCUCCCAUUUUUGUCUAGAAAAAUUAACUUGAAGUGAGCAACUUUCCGUUAAAAUGCUGCAUUCUGGGACCCCAACUCAAAACAAAUCUCAAACCUCCUGCAAGUUACUUCCAGGUCCUAACCUCAUUUCCAGUACAGUAGAGUCUCGCUUAUCCAACAUAAACGGGCCGGCAGAAUGUUGGAUAAGCAAAAAUGUUGGAUAAUGAGGGAUUAAGGAAAAGCCUAAUUAAUGUCAAAUUACAUUAUGAUUUUACAAAUUAACCACAAAAACAUCAUGUUUUACAAGUCUGCCACUUGUUUGGGAGUGUGGCUGCACUUGUGUUGUCACUGGACGUGUUGGCCCACUGGCCGUUGCUGCCUAGAGAAACAGCUGUGGAUCUGGGUGGAAGGCAAACUGCGUUGGAUAAAACAGAACAUUGGAUAAGCAAAGGUUGGAUAAGCGAGACUACUGUAUGUGGCUAACGUGUGCCCACUUCUGUCUUAGAGUCCAUAACUGCAUCCUUCCUGUAUCACCCCAUUAAUAUUGGACAUUCCAGAGCAGGUUAAAAGAGACCACAGUAUGAUAGCUACCCAAACUACGGUUGUCCUUGUUGCUGGCAGGGAUGGGUGCUAGUUCCUCAUGUGUGAUUAAGGAAAGAAUGCAUCUUAGAGUAAAGACAGUUUUGUGCCCUUCAGAUGUUGGACAAUGGUUUCUAUCAGCCCCAAACAACAUGUAUCCUUCUUUAGAAGUUUUUAAACAGACUGAAUGACCAUCUGUUGGGAGUGCUUUCAUGGCAGGGUGUUAGAUUGGAUGGAUUUUGUGGUUUCUUCCAACUAUGAUUCCAUGUUCAGUGAUGAUGAUUGGAUUUGCAAUCCAGAAGAUCAUAGAGGAGAAUUGUGCCAUCCAGAUAACAUUUAAAAAGUUAUUUUUCAUAAAGUUUAGGCGAUGUCAUAAAGAGGCUCCAUGGCCCAGUUCUGUGAACCUUUGCACUUUUACUAACAUUAACCAUGUUUUUUUAAAAAGAAACAAAAAUCAAUUUAAAUUAUUCCCACUUUCUACAAACAGAGAAGGGGGUGGUACACAGCAGGAAGAGCUCAGUAGAUUGUUUUUGUAACUGGUUGUGUAACUGUCACUUUAUAGAUCUCUAAGCUUGACUUUAAAAAAGAAAAAUAAUAGGGUAGAGAAAUCACAGCCCCCAGGUGAUUGUCCAGCCUUGUAUUUCCACUUCAGAAAACUUCCACGCCGAGGGAACUGGGGGCAAUAUUAGUGAUCCAAGUAGAAGAGCCAGUGAUAAGGAUUCUGUGGAAAUCCUUAUAUCCAAACAGAAGACAGGACAGAAUUCCGGUACAAAAUCCAGAUUUUUCUGAGCAAUGCAAAAGUAGAAACUUGUUCAUUAAAUUUUUCAGGGCAAAACCAUAAAUUACAAAAGAAAAAAACAUGAAAUAUUGAAGCUGUUCUGAAUUUAAAACCUGCCAAGAUAUUUUUUUGCUAUCUAAGACAAUAUAACAAGUGAUGCUGUCCCCUAAGACCUCAUCUACAUGGCCAUGUAAAAUCCACAUUAUCUGCUUUGAACUUGAUUAUAUGGCAGUGUAAACUCAUAAUCUCAUUCAAAGCAGAUAAUAUGGAAUUUGUGUGGCAGUGAAGAUAAGGCCUAAGUCAAUAUCCAUUGUACCCAAGUUUGCCUUUAGUUUGACAUAGAAGUCAGAAAACCACACAGAUGCUUUUCCUUGCCUUAACUGACCAAACAAAGAACGUAGAUGACCUAUAUAAGAGUACAGCAGGAGCAGGGAACACGUGGGCUUGGAGAUGCUGGACGGCAAUAGCCAUCUUCCCUAGAUAGUAUGGUUAUGGUUAUUGCAGUUCCACAGCUGAAGGGCCACAUGUUACUAUCCCUAGCUGAGAGAAAUAACGAGUGAGAGCACAAUUCUAUAUCCAUUUGCCUGGGAGUUCUUCUGUUGGUCCUCCACAUUGGUGAGCUUAACUUUUACAGAUUUGCAUAUUUAUGGAUUUAAUUAGUAUGGUCUCUCUGGGAAUCUCAUGACCUCCGAUGUGAUUUUGUGAUCAACAUCUAAUGAAAGUUGAGCAUAGAUUUACACUGGAGGACCUAAAUACCUAGAGAUAUAUUAUCUUAGCUUUUAAAAAGGUAUUUUUUCAUUCACGUUUAUUCCAAUUUCAUGGGGGUCAUGUGCCAUUAACUCUUAACUGUGUACAUAUUUUCCUGAUGGUAAACCCCCAGUGAAAACAGGUAUAAGAUUGCACAGUCAGCUCUCUGUCAAGCAAGGUUACCUGUCUACUUCGGAAAGCACUGUACAGCUUUAAAAAGCUCUAUUCACCCACUUUCCAUCUGUUUGUUGGGCUUUGAAAUAAAAGGGAGUGAGACCAUGAAUAUCCUGCCCUCCAUCUCACUUGUUUCUAUAUUAAAUAGUUGAUCCAAUCCUUAAGUCAUAAGGUUUUUAGUUUGGCCCUUGGAAUCCGUACUGACUUCUCGACCACUUGCACCUUCACCAUAUGUUUUUCAUCAUAAAAAAAUUGAACCCAGAUUAUACUUUAUAAUGUUGCCCUCAACCCCACAUACCUAUUGAAAUGGUAAAACGGCCCCAAAUCACAAUUAUUCCCGGGAGGGGGGGAUGACUCUUAAGUGGUGCAAUGUCACUUUUGGCAACUAAAGCAAUGUGACUCCAAGGUUUUGAAGAAGCUGAAAAUGCUUGUUCAAACCGCAGGGUGUGCCAGUCCUUAUGUUACAAAUAACCCCCCCCCCUCCCCCCAAGUCUGCUAUCUCCAGUUUAAAAUGAUCACGGUGCAGAUGAUGGGACAAAAGCCCUGCUUCUUCCAACUGCAGCAAAAAAUGUGAAGUGGUAUAUAAACAUGUUGCUUAUUUCUUGGGCUGAGUCACGGCCAGGAAAGCUACACACAUAAUGUUUGCCAGCUUUAAUGUGGAUUAAAAUUAAAGAGAUUUUAAAGAUGAGCCCAUUUGACUUUCCUUCCAGCUAAGUGUACUUUAUUCCACCUAAGUAGGUUACAUAUUUAGGAUAUGCUUCACCGGGCUGCACUUUCUAAGCAUUUUAUCUGAAAGCAGUGGAAUGUGUCUUCAGGAAAUGUUUUACAUUGGUAUUAAACAUAGUUUAAUACCAUGAUUUAACUUUUAAUUGUCUUGACAACAUCCUAUGAAUUUCUGGAUUUUGUAGCUUGGUGAAUCAUUACAGUUAUCUGUACCCUUCCCUAAACUGCAAAUCCCAGGGUCUUAAGAGUAGUGUUGUUUGGAGGACACUAAAGUUGAUGGUAAAUUCCACUACCAUCAAUGGGAUUUACUCCUAAAUUAAAUUGCUACAGAUAUGAGUGUUCAAAUAACACCCUUUUCCAUCCACUGAUCCAAAUCCAGGCAAACAUGUUAGAAACUUUUCAGAUGAAACUUUACCUAUCCUGGAAAUAGUUAGUGUGAACCUGUUUUUAGGUCUACAGGGGCAACAAGGCCAUGUGAAUUGGGCCCAUGGUUCAUGUGACGUGGUCCCGGGACCCAAUCCAAAAAGGGCCCACACCUGCUAAGACCCAGAUCCUACCUAAGAUCCAGAUCUUACUAGAUGUUUAAAUAAUUUGGAACAAAGCAGGGAAACCCUGCUUUGUUCCAAAUUAAUUCUGUUUUACCUGAGGCGUCCAAACAAAGCUUCCAGUGAAACCCAUUUAAUUCAGUUCAUUUGGACUUCAAAUUAAAUUUCUGGCUAGGUAGGUAGGUGUCCCCUUUCUCCCUCCUUACUCCAUGUGUGUCCCUCCCAAAGUUUGAUGGAAGAGAUAACCAUUCUAAAUAGAAGUAGUAUAUCCUUUUUGGUGAUGAUAAGAAGUUACACUGUAAGAGAUAUAGAAUAUGCUGCCUGUCUCCAUCUCUAUAUCCAAAAGGUUUGGAAAUCAGUGAGUGAUUUAUCCACUGUUUCUAGGUGAUGCAUAUUCCAUGUGCUUUGAAUCUUUUGUGGUAUUUUUAUUCUCCACUAAAAGUAUGACCCAUCUCUUUUCAUUUUACUCAUGAGCCAUACUACUGCAUAUCUUUUCUUAAAGUGCUAAGAAAUAUUGAAAUAGUCUCUGUUAGCACCAAUCAUGCAUUGUUUCACUAUCUCCCACACAAGGCUGGUACAUCCAUAUGAUAUGUCAGGCAACCAACAUCCAUUAUGAACAUAUUGAACUCAAAGAGGCCUUCAUUUGUGAAUCUAGUAGUCAACCCUUAAUUUAACAUCCUGUUGCAUCUGAGUUCGAUUCUCACAUAUUUCAUCUUGCUUUUCAUAACCAUUGGUAUUUAAAGUGCCAAGUCAUGGAGGACUUGCCCAUAAUAUACCUGACAAUGAAAGAAAUGUGCACUUCUUGUUAUUGUCCCAAAUGUGACCUUUACCCGGAUUGAAUGAAUGGUAGUAAUCCUUGAUGGUAUUAUUGAAUAAGAACCUUUAAUGUAUGGCUUUUUUUUGUCAGUCUGUUGGCUCCAAAUUGUAUUCACUUCCCAGAGUGUGGUGCAGUGUUGGCAACUGUCUCUACAUUCAGAUCUCCUAAAAUCUCUUAAUGUUUAUUCUCGUGCCUUCGGGUCCUUUGUUUCCACUCUUGUUGUACUCGCUAAUUGUGAUGUCUAUUAAGGAAUCUUCUGUCAUUUUCUCCCAUUGUUUUUAAUGACUUCCAAAUCUUCAAUGUUCUGAACAAGUUUUUCUUUAAAAAUAACUACUGUGACUGUGGACUGCACAGAAGAACAUGUCAGAAGAACAGAAAUUAUGAAUAGCAAAGGAAAGCUUUCUGGCUUAGAUGGACUUCAAGCUCCUGAGGGAAAAAAUGGGUCCAUCUUCUCCCUGACUCCUCCUUUUGUUUACAACUAAACUGCUUGCUGGCUUUUCAAUAGCCAGUGAAGAAUCACCAGGAAAGGGAAAAAAAAAACAAUUGACAUUUUCCAUUCUAUGAGAUGUGAUGACUGGCCCAAACUUUUUAUAUCAGCUUCUUUCAUCUGAUGAAUUCAACCCACCUUGUAUCCUAGCUCACUAAUGCCUCUAAUUAUAGUGUUUCCAAUACAUAUAUAUAGGUAACAAGUUGCUUUAAAUUUGCAAAUAAUUUAAAAAGUAAGAGUUCCACAGUAACUGAGUGACCACGGAUGGAAAGAACAGCUGGUAGGAUAUAGAUGUGGUACAAUUCCUUUUCAUAUAUAUGUAUAUGUAUAUUUAAAUAUUGUUGGAUUCUUUUUAGAAACAAAAUGGGAUUAAUAGUGAAUACAAUACAAUGGGCACAUAAACCUACAGAAAUUCA